AUGUCAGCUGCUGGGUUUACUGUUGUUAAAGAAUCAUCCAAAUCAUUUGCGCGUCAUGGCGUGUACUCCUUUGGCUCUGGUUCCAAAGCUAAGAGUAUUGAGACACCUAGUUUUAUCAUGCCUACUUCUCGAGGUGUGAUUCCGCACAUGACACCAGACCAUAUUGAGAAUAAGACGGAUCUUUCUGGUAUUACAGUUGGUGCCGAGGAUUGGCUAGAGAAGCUUCCUGAGGAACCCCCAUUGCUCAAAUAUACUGAUGGCCCCUGCCGCGAUCUUAUGAAUAUGCCGACAGAUCUUCCAGUUUUUGUUUCGGUAAGACGAUCUGUUCCCGUACAGCUUGUAAAGUCGAACGGUGAUAAGUACGUAGGUAUUAUGACAUCUGAGGGUGCACGCGAGCUGAAGCUACAAGACUAUUUCCGUUUUGUGUCAAAGUUUGAGCCCGAUGCUGUGAUCUCGGUGGCUGAUUUGCCUUCAUUCUCGCAGCAGAAUCAUGGUGAAUGUGGAAAUGGAGAAGAUAUUGCGCGUGGGCUGAUUCCUCGACCUGGUGGGAACCGUGUCAAGAAGAUGGUUUUCAGAACUGAGCGAUGGAUGGAGAACUUACAAGAAUACCUAACUCAGCACUCAUACAAGCCGGCAGUCUUUGCACCAGUGUUGCCAUAUGUUGAUUUGAGAACUCAGGGUGCAUACAUUGAUUAUGUUCAAAGUCUGAAUGAGAGUGGGAAAAUUUCAGGGUUGACACUAUGGUCAUACUUUGGCAACUCCAAGGACCGAGAGCCUUCGAAUGGGGAGGGAGCAAGCGAGGAAAAGCAAAAUACUUUAUGGAGUAACGUUGUUGAUGCAUUGAAGGAGCGUGGGCUGGAUAAGCUUGUGAGAUACAAUAAUGCUGUCUUGGAGACUCCACACGACUUGCUUGAUCAAGUUAUGCGGAAUGGCAGUGAUUUAUUUAAUGGAGACCUUGUGACUCAGUAUACCAAUGCUGGAGUGGUUCUUGAUUUUGUUUUCCCAGCCAAGCCUGAGGAUAUUGCGAAUGGAACUAUCAAGGAGAUUGGUCUUAAUAUGUGGGACGCAAAGUAUACGACAGACAUGUCAUUUCUUGGAGAAGAUACACCCAAUGUUACAGGGACCCACAACCGGGCGUACCUUCACCAUCUUUUGGAUGCACAUGAGAUGACAGCAUGGGUUCUUUUGCAGAUCCAUAAUCUGCAUGUAUUACGGAUAUUUUUCAAUGGAAUCCGGGCAUCUUUAGCGGCUGGGACUCUUGAGAGUGAUGUAGCUGCGUUUUUACAAGUUUACGGAGAUCGAGUAUCUGCAUUACAGGUCAAGCAGAGCAUCCAUGGAGAGGAAAAGUCUCGGAUGCCUAAAGCUCGCGCAUACAACAUUGGCCGGGAGGAGCUGAUUGAGCGGACACGGGGGUCAUCUGAGGGCCAAAAGUUGAAUUCGACUCGGUGGAGCAAAGAAAUGUAG